AUGGCACCUGAAGUCGUUUCCAAGCUGCACACGCUGGUCACGGGCGAGUCCAAGAGUGCGCGUAAGAAGAAAGGCAAGAGCGAGGCUGGCGCUGCAGUGCCCGCUGCACCUGAGAAGACUACCUCAGAGGCCGGUGCGGGUGGCUCACAGGCGCCUGGCCAUGCCAACGGGACAGAGAGUGACAACUCCUAUAUUCGUGAGCUGCAGAAGAACAUUCGCAACAUUAAUAAGAAGCUGAAUGCCACGCAAAAGGUCGACUCCAUCCUCGCCGCAAACCCCGGUGUCUCGCUUGAUGACCUCGUUGCCUCCCGCAAGAUCAACAACGACCAAAAGGCCCAGGCUGAGAAGAAGCCCGGUCUCCAGGCCCAGCUUGCGCAGCUCGAGGAGCAGUACGGCCACUACAAGAAGUAUGGUGAGGAGCUCGAGGCCAAGCACAGCCGGGAAAAGGAGCUGCUGUCCAAGCAACACGCGAGUGAACUCGAGGCGCUGCGCGACACAAUCAAGGCCGAGGCUGCUUUGGAGCAACAGAAGGUGGUCAAGGACAAGCUGCUCGCCUUUUCGCGUUUUCUGCGCGCGGCUGCGGCGAGACGGGCGCGACAGGAAGACGAGUCGGAACUGAGUAAGGGAUUUGAGGGCGCGCUAUUGCAGGUCUAUGGCGGUGAUGCUGCGGCUGUUGCGGCUGUAGAGAAGCUGGUGGACGGUUCGCAGGACAAGAUUCCUUCGGUCGACGGGACGGAGCUGGAUGUUACUUACACCCAAGUCAUGCACGCAGUCCUCGAAGAGGCUCCCUUUGCCGCUGAAGAGGCUUGGGUAGACGAUGUAGCGCAGUCACAGCCCGCCCCUCCUGAGACUGAGGCACCCGACACUGUCUCGGACCCCACCAUCACGAACGCAGGUCUCACCGAGAUGAACGCCAGUGCCACAACCGCCACCCAGCCCGCGCAAGAGGGGGCCCCUGCCGCACCAGCAGCAUCCAGCAUCGAGCCUGAGGCUGCCAAUGCCGCCGCAACAGAACACUGGGACAAACAGGCAGCUGGCGCUGACGACCCCCUUAGCGAGUCCUUUGAGAUGGUUCCGCGCGACCCCACCGAAACCGAGACUCCUCAUGCCGCUGCCGCUGUUAACAGCACCCAGAGCUGGGCUGACGAUGCUACCGAAACUGCUGCUGCUGCUGCACCUGCCCCCGCCGCUCAGAAUGAUGGCUUCUCAGAGGUUCACCACAGCCGGGGCGGUCGUGGACGAGGUGGCCACCCUAGUGGUGAGCGGGGCGGAUACCGUGGUAGGGGCCGAGGUGGACCUCGUGGCGAUUUUGGUGGACGCGGUCGCGGUGGACGUGGUCGUGGUGGAGAGUUCCGGGGACGAGGUGGCUUUAGGGGACCACCUCGUGGAGGCGAGCCUUCUGCGUAG